CAAGUUCCGCAUACUCAUAGAAAUUCGUAUGCGUACUACCCAAAUCAGAGGCAGACUUGUAGGAAUUUUUUUGUUUUUCCCCAAGUCCAAGGCGUACCUAAAUACCACAAACAGCAGCAGCAGCAGCAGCAGCAGCAGCAAAGGAAGAGUAAAGUGCUCUCGCCCUCUUCUUACUUACCCCUUCUUCUCCCUAAUCUUUUCUUCCUCCUUCCUCUGCCUUCCUUGGAAACAACAGCAACAAAAAAAAAAGAAAAGAUCGAUAACGAAGGAAAUCGAUGGCGGAUCUGGAGCGCUCACCGUCGUCGCGAUGGGGGGAGUCGCUGCUGCUGCGGGCGCUGAGCAAGCGGCGGACGUGGGUCUUCCUCUUCCUCCUCGUCUACGCCCUCCUCCUCUCCUCCUCCUGGAACCUCCUCCUCUCCAUCCGCUCCUGGUACAACUCCGCCGCCGCCUCCGCCUCCUCCCCCGCCGCCGCCGGCUGGCCGGCCCUCUACGCCUCCGUCCUCUACGGCGGGGUCUUCGGCCUGCUGUCCAUGGGGGCGACGCUGGCGGUCGCCGUGCCGGCCACGUUGGUCACCUGGAUCACGAUCCUCGUGCUGCUCGCCUUCGCCGGCAAGCCCCGACGGGCGCUGGUGGCCGAUGGCCGCCGGAUCACCGCCGACAUCACCGGCUUCGCGUUCAAGACCCUCAUCCGAGAGGGAAACCUCGUCGCCGCCAUCGGCGCCGUCCUCAGCUUCCUCGCCCUCCUCCUCCGACGGAGACGAGGCGGAGGUGACGACCAAGAUUUGUAGUUCUUCGUCUGUAUUUUCUUUUUCUUUCUUUUUAUUCCUUGUUUUUUUUUAUGUAAUUUGGAUGGUCAGAGGAUUUUGUUGUAAUUUUGGAAGGUGGAUUUUUUCCCCCUUUUCUUGUUUAAUUUAAUAGUAAUUAAUGACGGAGGCCAAGUGUGUGGAAAUUUUAGCA